CCGUAUCUUUCUCUCUCUCUAGGCGUUAUUUUCUUGAAAUGGGUUCGAUGGCGGGAUCAACGGUUGAGAACGACGGAACCCCAGACAGCAACGGCAAUCUACAGCCCAGGCCCGAAUACAGCGACGGCAACGAUCCGCCGCUGCCGGGCGAGGAUUCCUCCGGCAAUCCGCUGGAAUCUGAUGGGCCGAGGAAGAGGAAGUCGGCGGGCGUGCUGCCGCUCGAGGUCGGGACCCGCGUCAUGUGCCGGUGGAGGGACGGGAAAUACCAUCCCGUCAAGGUCAUCGAGCGCCGGAAGAUGCAGUGUGGCGGACCUAACGACUACGAAUACUAUGUCCACUACACCGAAUUCAAUAGAAGGCUUGACGAGUGGGUUAAGCUAGAACAACUUGAUCUUGAUACAGUGGAGACUGAUGUUGAUGAAAAGGUCGAGGAUAAGGCAACAAGCUUGAAAAUGACGCGUCACCAGAAACGUAAAAUCGAUGAGACCCAUGUUGAGGGCCAUGAAGAGCUUGAUGCUGCCAGCUUACGUGAACACGAGGAAUUUACAAAAGUGAAAAACAUAGCAACCAUAGAACUUGGAAGAUAUGAGAUUGAGACAUGGUAUUUCUCGCCUUUUCCACCAGAAUACAACGAUACUCUGAAGCUGUACUUUUGUGAAUUUUGCCUCAACUUCAUGAAGCGCAAGGAACAGCUUCAGAGGCAUAUGAGGAAAUGUGAUCUCAAGCAUCCCCCAGGUGAUGAGAUCUACCGCAGUGGCACACUCUCAAUGUUUGAGGUUGAUGGCAAGAAGAACAAGGUGUAUGGCCAGAAUCUUUGCUAUUUGGCGAAACUGUUUCUUGAUCACAAGACACUUUACUAUGACGUUGAUCUGUUUCUAUUUUACAUAUUAUGUGAAUGUGAUGAUAGAGGGUGCCACAUGGUUGGAUAUUUUUCCAAGGAAAAACACUCAGAAGAGUCAUAUAAUUUGGCUUGCAUUCUCACUCUUCCCCCUUACCAGAGAAAAGGAUACGGAAAGUUUCUAAUUGCAUUCUCCUAUGAGCUUUCAAAGAAAGAAGGCAAAGUGGGGACGCCUGAACGACCACUUUCUGACCUUGGACUUUUGAGCUACAGAGGGUAUUGGACAAGGGUUCUUCUAGACAUCCUGAAGAAACACAAAGGCAACAUCUCCAUCAAGGAACUCAGUGAUAUGACGGCCAUAAAAGCUGAUGAUAUCUUGAGCACGCUACAGAGUCUAGACCUAAUCCAAUACAGGAAAGGGCAGCAUGUGAUUUGUGCAGACCCAAAAGUCCUAGAUCGCCAUCUAAAAGCAGCAGGCCGGGGUGGUCUUGAGGUUGACGUGAGCAAGCUGAUAUGGACUCCUUACAAGGAACAAGGUUGAUGAUUAACAACUUUGUUCAAGCUUUCAGUCGUCCUUCCUUGGACUGGAAAAUGUAAAAGGUAGAUUGAUGAAGGAUAGUUUAUGGACCACACUCCAUGUCUUGUGAUUGCAUUUGCCAAUUGAAGCCCACUUACUCUGCCCAAUCUGGUGAAUAUUGAUGUAUUCUCAAACACAAGGCCGUGUUUGGAUAUGAUAAUCUGGUCAGAUCAAUUCCUGUUGGA